AUCGACGACCAGGGGCAUUGCCGGCGCCUGUGCCCUCCCACGGCCUCCACUACAUACAUACUGCCCUCGCGUUGACUCGUCGCUCUUUCUCACGAACAUCUUCUGUUUCGCGACAACACGCUCUCUUGUCUUUCGGGACCCUUACGCUCUUUAGCACUUCACUCACUCUUUUCACCCGUGUUGCCUCCGGCAGGGUCGAUUCCUCGCCGCUAACUUCACUUCCGUCGCAUCUUCUUUUAUAGAAAACAGAUCCCAUUCGAAACCAUGUUCACCAAGGCCACUCUCUUCGCCGCCUUGUUGGCUGGCGCCUCUGCCAACACCCCACCAAGCUACGGUGGUGGUGAGCAGCCAAAGGGCUACGACUACCCAGUCGACAGCAGCAGCUACCCAGCCGAGCCAACCCACGAUGCUACCUAUCCCGCUGUUUACCCAACGGAAUCGAAGCACGCUGAGUACCCGACCGAGUCGAAGCCUUACGUCUACCCAACUGCUUCGUACCCAACCGAGGAGCACCCAACAUACACCAAGCCUGCUGAGGACAAGCCCACCUACCCAGCAACUUACCCGGCUCACGAGGACAAGCCAACCGAGCCAGCGAAGCCAUACCUCCCAGAGACCUACUCCUCGGCCAAGCCAUCGAAGUUCACCAAGACUUCUGAUGACUACGUCUACGCUACUCUCACCAAGACCGACUACGUGACCAUCACCAAGGAUGGCAAGCCAUACGUCACAACCACUGAGUCUGUGUACACUACCUACUGCCCAGAGUCUGAGAAGACGAAGUCUGUCUACCAGCCAGAGAAGCCGAAGGAGACCUACCCAGCUGAGAAGCCAAAGGAGACCUACCCAGCAGAGAAGCCAAAGGAGACCAAGCCUGUCUAUCCUGAGCAACCAAAGGAGAGCAAGCCUGUCUAUCCUAACAAGCCAUACGGAACUGGCUACCCAGAGAAGAAGCCAGUUCCUUCUGGCUACCAGAGCAAGUCUGAGGUUGUCUACGACAAGACUCUGACCUACACUCAAGGCUAUGGUGCUUCCACCACUGUCAUCACCACCACCGUCAAGUCGACUUCCACUGUCUACCUCACCGAGACCAAGUACGCUCAAAAGCCAACUCAGCCUGCAAACAAGCCAACUUCGCCUGCUUCUCCAGAACAGCCAAAGCAAACUUACCCAGCCCAGCCUGAGCAACCAAAGAGCUACACCACCGUCAAAACUACCUCCACCAUCACCAACUACGUUACCGUGUACCCAACCCAGACUGCUGAGAAGGACUGCAAGUACGCCACUGUCACCGUCACUCAGAAGGAGACCGUCUACGUCAACCAGCCAAAGCCAACUCAGCCAGCCAAGCCUGAGCAGCCAAAGGAGCAGCCAAAGCCAUCCUACCCAGCCAAGCCAAACCAGCCUGAGGCUCCUAAGUACCCAACUGGUGGAAAGCCAUCUUCUGGUUACGCUCAGCCAACUGGUUUCAAGACCUCCACCAAGUCCAAGGACUACAAGCCUUCUGCGACCUAUCCAGUUGAGUCCAAGCCAACCUACCCGGCUACUCACCCAGCUGAGUCCAAGCCAACCUACCCGGCUACCCACCCAGCCGAGUCCAAGCCAACCUACCCAGCUACCUACCCGGCUGAGUCUAAGGCUACUUACCCUGCUGAGAGCAAGCCCACCUACCCAGCAACUCACCCAGCUGAGUACCCAUCCGUGACAACUGCCUACGUCAGCCCUGUCCCAAGCAAGCCAACCUCCCCUGAGGCUCCUGCCGGAUACGGCGGUGAGGCACCAAAGGGCUAUGCCAUGUAAAUUCCCUAUACCCACAGUACUUUGCAAAGGAACAGGAUUAGAGAAACAGAGACAUGAGUCGCAGCGCCAGACUUCACGAAUUUGACGAGUAGUCGGAAAGAAAGAUGGAAGGGACUUCUAAAUAUCAGACAUUUUUGUGUGUGUAUUGUUUAUUAUCUUGGGUUUGGAUGUAGAGAGAGAUACCAGCAGCAGGGCUGAAGUGGUGGUGAACAGGAGAGAGAGAGAGAUAAUUCUUGUGUAGUUGUGAAUCAUCAUCAUCAAGUGUUCAUUUGAU